AUGUCUGCUCCAGCUCCAGCUCCAGCUCCUGCCCCUGAAGCGAAUCGAUUGGAUGGUCGCGUCUCCGGUGUCGCUCGUGGUGAUGGCUUGGGGCACGUUGCUCGUUUUGGAGCCGAUGAAGUCGGAAAUGGACCUCCUCCGGCUGUUGACGCUCCUCCAGUUCAGCAUGACAACGUCCUCGCUCCUGUGCAAACCAUCGCAAGAUCAUUCGAAUGCAAGAUCAAUCGUCCAGGAGACACUCAUGGUUGGGGCCAGUACCAGUACGGCAUGCCAUUGCUUCAUGGGCAGCAGAAACCGCCCACAGGAUGGACUCCACAGCCACCACAGUACCAACAGAGUGGCUAUCUCCAACUUUCCAACUUUAUGGCCCCUGCACCUGCCGUGCUGGCCCCUGCACCAGCUCCUCAGCCAAUCAUCAUCAGUGGUAUCAGCGACGAAAACAAUACCUUCAAUAUCUCCAUCGAUGGUGGUGGUAGUCGUCGCAAGAAGAGCAAAAACAAGUCCCGUGCUGAGUCUCUAGACAGCGACUCUGACUCGUCUGAUGGCAACUUUUUAUCAGUUCCGUCAUCUGCCGUUCAAACUACAUGUACAUGUAACUACAACUGUUUGCCAUGGCACUGCACCGGUGCAGCACGAGCGCACACUGCGCAUAGCACAUCGCCAUGCCAUCAAGCCCAUGCCAGUACAAUCGUACUGUAG